AUGAAGCUUGAAAAUAGAAGCAAAUAUCAAGUUGCAACAAUGCAUCAAUUACUAAGCUAACUGAGUAUGAUUUAAAAGUCAAAAAUAUUAUAGUGUUAUAAGAAAGUAAACAAUUGCUAUUAAAUCUUAAGGAUUUGGGAUUCACAACAUAAAACAAGAAAAGAGAAGCUGAAAUUAGGAACCAAUAAAAUUAAGGAAGGAACCUAAUGAACGAGCCUUUCAACGUGUUUCUUUCAUCCAAUAUAAUUAGAUAUUGUCAAUAUGUAGAAACACAAAAGGUUUUUGGAAAUAUAUAUGAAAUGUUAAUUCUAUAAGAUUUUGAAGCAUUAACUCUAUGCAGAACAGUUGAAAUUAUUGUAGGAGGAGGCAUCAUUGUUUUGCUUAUUAAAAUUAUUUCAUCCCUCUAUAAUUAUAUUCUCUUUCUAUGGACAUUCAUUCAAAAUUUAGAACCUAGAUUUAAUGAGCGAUUUAUCAUCAAUUUUUGA